AUGGAGUACAGUCAACCUAAAUUAAACCUUUCUAUUCUUCUCAGUGCUGUUGCUAGAGAAGUUAGACAGCAGCUUAGUCGAGCCACCGAUGAAACUGCUGAGAUUGUACUUUAUGGUUUGGUCUAUUGGUUCCGUAUUUGGGACCAUGAGUAUAAUCUUCGACCAACCAAGUACUUACUUAUGUGGCUCGACUUCCUUAUUAAGGAUAUCGAGUCUAAUUUGCUUGACUCCAAACCUUUGGUCUAUUUGCUCAACCAAAUCCGCACUGGUUAUUAUCAACCAGACAUUGAGCACUUUAAUUGA